AUGUCACAAGCUAAACCACUCUGGUUACAAUGGGCUCGUGUCUUUGCUGUAGGAGGUCUUAUCUCCGGUACUGGAUUUGUUCUUUACUACACUUGUGUUCCAACUGAUGAAGAAUUGAUUGCUAAGUUCAGUCCCGAGAUUAGGGCAGACUAUGAGCGGAACAAGUUGUUGAGGCAAAAAGAACAAGAAUUAUUAAUGGAAAACGCACGUAAGACGGCAAAUAGUAAUGAACCGAUUUGGAAAACAGGUGCUGUUCCUAGUCCAUUUGAAAAGGAUACCAGAGGAAUGGCCAAUACUGUUUUUGACUUGAAAAGCUGGGAACUAGAAGAGGCUAAUAAGGUGAAGAUGAGUGAAGUUGAAAAGGCUAAGAAGGAAUUAGAACAGGUUGAACAAAUUUCUUUGGCUCAGAAGAAAAAAUGGUGGAUUUUUUGA